AUGCUGCUCUGCGCCGGCCGCUGUGUGCCCUUGCCAGCUCCUGGGGAGUGCUCAGUGGACUGCCCGGAAGGGGGCGUGGAGCCUCUGGAGCCCGCCCGCCUGCCCCCUUCCCACGUGCAAAAGCGCCCCGGGGCUCCGCAGCUGCUUGCCAAAUCGGGCUUCCGCAGCAGGGACCGGGGGGCGAAAUGUGGAGCGUGCGGUCCCGGGUACAAAACUCCCCUGGAAGCGAUGAAAGGUCCCAGAGAAGAGAUUGUGUACCUGCCCUGUAUCUACAGGAACACUGGAAUCCAGAAGCCGGACUACUUAGCCACGGUUGACGUGGACCCCAAGUCUCAGAACUACUGCCAGAUCAUCCAUCGCUUGCCCAUGCCCAACGUCAACGACGAGCUCCACCACACCGGCUGGAACGCCUGCAGCAGCUGUUUCGGGGACACCACCAAGAAGCGCAACAGAAUGAUCCUCCCCAGCCUCAUCUCCUCCCGGAUCUACGUGGUGGACAUGGGCACGGACCCACGCGCUCCCAGGAUCCAUAAGGUAAUCGAGCCCUUUGAGGUGUACUGGAAGUGCAACUUGGCCAACCCCCACACUAGUCACUGCCUGGGCACCGGCGAAAUCAUGAUCAGCGCCAUGGGAGACCCUUCCGGCAACGGGAAAGGUGGUUUUGUCCUGUUGGAUGGAGAGACCUUUGAGGUGAAGGGGAACUGGGAAAGAGGAUCCAACGCUCCCAAGCUAGGCUAUGACUUUUGGUACCAGCCGAGACACAACGUCCUGAUGAGCACCGAAUGGGGAGUGCCGAAAUGCCUGGCGUACGGGUUUAAUCCGGCCGAUUUGGAGAAAGGGUGCUACGGUGGCAACAUCCACGUGUGGGAUUGGACCACCCAUGAGCUCAUCCAGUCGAUCGACGUGGGGAAGAAUUCCAUCCCCCUCGAAAUCCGCUUCCUCCACGAUCCGGACGCGUCUCAGGGGUUCGUCGGCUGCGCCCUCAGCAGUGCCGUCCAUCGUUUCUACAAGACUCAG